AUGAAAGCAAUCGUCAUCGUCGUCACCGCCCUCGCCGCUGUCGGACUGGCCAUCGAAUAUCCACGAUGCAGGAGGAAAUCCUCCGAGUGCAUCAUCGCCUGCCCGCACAACCAGUGCCGGCCCGGCUACGUUUGCUGCGUUACCGACUGUGGAGGUCGCAUCUGCGUACGUGCACCUGAUCGUGCGAACCCAUCGAGCCCUUUGAGAACCCGUAAAGGGGGCGCCGUCGAGGGCAGCCGGCUCACCGUCGGCAUGCCAAGACGGGCGGCCGAGGUGGCCGAGGCGAGGCCGAGCGAGGGCCGGCGACGCAGUUUGUCACGGCCGAGCGGCGAGCGGCAGCGUGAUCUGCUCCGUCGUGGCAUUCUUCAUCCGACGAGGCCCGUGUCGAUGCAGAUGGCCGACUGGCGACUCGGCCGACGCCCGAUCGGCGUGGGGGCUGUGCGUGGCGAGCUGCCUUUGGAGUCUGCCUACCGACUCUUUCCUCCUCCUUCCUCCUCCUUCCUCCUCCUUCCCUCCUUCCUCCUCUUUCCUCCUCCAUCGUGCCUGCCGGAAGUCGGCACAUGGUGGCAUCCACGUGACGUCACCACAGGAGCGAGCCGCCACCACCAAGUGACGGGCGUUUCCAUCGAGCACCGUGCAAACAUUCGUCUGCGUCGCCCGUCGCCCUCAUCGACCGGACGGCCGGCCUUUGCUUCGGGACGGUCGUCAGCCAUCGAUGAUGAUGGAGCGGCACGGCUCCUGAUCGGCCAGGACCCGACACGACGCGACGCACGACGGGAGCCUGACCAGCCGACGCGGCACCUCGAGCGAGUCGAAUCCUCCUCUUCCGCACGCCGACCACGAAUGCCCAGUGCCAUCCGCGGCCAGGCGGCGGCCGUCACCGAGCAGGUGUCGUGGCCUGGAUCCGGCCUUGCCGAGAGGGCGACCGCAUCGGGCAAGGCGAGCAGUCUGCGACGUCCAGGGGCCCCCGGCACCCGAGCGAGUCGACGACGGUGCCGCCAGCCGACGCUCGUCCCGGGCACCGUCUACCCCUGGCCGGCCCACGAACACACACCACCGCGUAGGAACGUUUCAACACACACAGGGGCUUCUGCUGCCACCACCGUCGCCGCCGCCGCCGCCGCCGCUAGCGGCACCGAUGCAUCCGAAUCGGGAGCCACGCUGGUGCGGCGGGUCCGCGUGCGAAUCGCAGCUGGCACCCCUGCGGUCGGCAGAGCAGGAUGGCCAUUCCCCAAGUGCCCUCCCCUCGGCGUGAAACGAAAGGGGAUCCGGCAAAGGAUCGUGCUACGUGGCACCGUGCACCGUGUGGGUUCGACUGCUGCCGAGUGGCGGUACGCAUGUCUUGAUGGCCGUCAAGGCCUCUGCACGCCGCCGUCGUCGAGCAAACGACGGUGCACAAGGUCCGUCAAGAGCGAGCUGUGCAUCUCCAGCUUGCCGUGCAUCAUGGACGCCGUCGGGGCCAUACGAGCACCUCGCCGUCCAUGGACGCCGUCGGGGCCAUACGAGCACCUCGCCGUCCAUGGACGCCGUCGGGGCCAUACGAGCACCUUGACGCCGUCGGGGCCAUACAAGCACCUUGCCGUCCAUGGACGCCGUCGGGCCCAUACGAGCACCUUGCCGUCCCCGAGUGGCCGGCCACGUCUGCGCGUACCGACCUUGGCCCGCGCAUAA